UUCAGAUCACAUCAGCACAAAAACAUUAAGUGGAUACAGGAUGGAUCCCGAUUGCCACAAGCACUACCAUGUACAUGAAUAUAACCCAAAGGCUCUUCUUACCACGUAUUUUUCUCCUGAUUUAGAUAAGACGUUAUAUGAACACAUCACUCUAUUUCCCAUAAGGACUCUUCUAAAACUGGUGUCAUCAGGCAAGAUUUCUGGAACUACACUGAUUGACUAUUCAGCUGGACCUUUCAUAUGCCACCUGGUGCCAAUCUGCAAGUAUUUCAAGGAAAUAAUACUUCUGGAGGAAAAUGAUUGCAGCAUUAAGGAAACUGAGAAUUGGUGGCAUGGAAAAGAGGAGGCUUUCGACUGGUCCCAUAUCUCAGACUGUUUUACAGGGUUGGAAGCUGACAGUGAGAAUUGGAUAGAAAAAGAGGAGUCUCUCAAAUGUAAAAUCCGGUAUAUUCUAAAAUGUGACCUGAGCAAAGAAAACCCAACUGACCCAGUGGUCCUCCCGAAAGCCGACUGCCUGAUGAGCUUUUUUUGCAUACAGAAUAUCAGCAAAGACAAAAAGAGUUUUUGUGAGAACAUGAGAAAGUUCUCAACCUUCUUAAACGUAGGCGGUCAUCUCUUGAUGCUAGGGGCAUUCAAUGAGAAGUUUUUCACCAUUGGGGAACAUAGGUUUUACACGUUAAGCUAUGAUGAAGUCUUUCUUAGGGAGACUGUAGAAGAUACAGGCUUCACCAUAGAACAUGUUGAGAUACUUGACAGCAGGGUUGCCAAUGACAUAACUGAAUACGAUCAACUUUAUCUCAUUAGUGCAAUUAAAGUUAAGGAGGUUUAAUGGGCAACAAAAAAUAUAUCAAAUAAAUUGUAGAGGGCAAAGGUCACAAAUCACUCAGAUAUCUGCUAGAUUAGUUACUAUUUAGGGUAGCAGUCAUCAAAGGGUUAUUUUCAGCUCAUAAAAUGACUAAUGAUUAGUGGGGGGGGGGGGGUAAUUUUAGGGGCUCCUGCCAAUACUAACUGAUUUUUGUUGCAUAGUGGCACCACAACCAUCCUCUGCGGUGUGAACUGCAGCACAGCCUGAUUAAAAUGAAGGAGGGAGGCUGAAGUUCCCUGAACAGCUGGGUGGUGGGUGCAGUGCUAAAUCAGCUCUACCGCUCCUUCAUUCUCAAGAUUGAUGGGAAUGUCAGAGGUUGGAUGUAGGGGUGGAUGAUAUAGAUGAUAUGCAAUAUAAACGAUAUUAAUUUGGCCAACGAUAGAGAUUUUGUUUAUAUCGCCAUAUCGCGGUAGAA